GUUGCCCACGGCGCUGCGGCAGGAAGAGCUGUUCCCAACCCCGAGGCAGGCGCCGGAGCGCGGGCAGGUGCGCGGCUGCUCGCAGCCGGGACCCUCCACCCAGCGCAGGUGCGUACAGACCGCGCGGGAGGCUGCGGGGCCCCGUGUGCUUCAGCCGGCGGCAGGUGGCGGAGGGCCCGAGCUGAGGAGGCCCCGCCUCGCCUUUGCCCUUGGGAAGCAGUGCCUGUGCCCUGUGCCCUCUGCCCUCUGCCCUCUCUCCUGGCCACUCCAGGCCUCCAGGGCUGGGCAGGAAGGAGGGCAUGUCCAGCAGCAGCACCGCCAGCAUCUCGGAGGCCCGCAAGGCCGUGGAGCAGCUCAAGAUGGAAGCCUGCAUGGACCGGGUGAAGGUGUCCCAGGCCGCCGCGGACCUGCUGGCCUACUGCGAGGCCCACGCCCGCGAGGACCCGCUCAUCGUCCCCGUGCCAGCGUCCGAGAACCCGUUCCGGGAGAAGAAGUUCUUCUGCACCAUCCUCUGACGCCCUCGGCAAUGCAGCACCGCCUUCCCUUCUCUGGACGCCCCCCCCCCCCCCCGGGGAACACGCAUGCACGUAGCUUUGGGGACCCCCUUCCCCACCCUGUCCGUCCCUGCUCAGCCACUCUCAGGGCGGCUGGCCUCCUCUGACCC